AUUAUCUCAAUUGAGUGGUCUUUGUUCGAGGAGAGAAGGAUUAUCUUGCAAAAAUCGAGCUGGAACGAGCAAAGGUCUGUGAACUCGAGCUGUGAGAGUGCUGAGACUGUUUGGUCGAUAUCUCGAGUUUUACAAGUCCAAUUAAGGCGUGUGAGAUACCCACAGAAAGCUCUCAAGACGAGGAAUCCGUGAAGGUCUGGUUUGCAGGAAUCGGAGUUGUGGAAGGCUUCCAAAUCGUCCGAGCAAAACACAACCUCGCAGGAGAGGAUUUAAUCUUCUAAAGAAUCGAGUUAGCCGGAAAACACCCGUUCUAGGGGCUGUUUUCAUAUCAACGAUUAAGGGUUGAACUAGCACUUUGAGGAGGCUGUUUAACACUCAUAUUUGAGCAAGGAAUCAGUCCCAAAUCCACCUUGACCAAAGAUUUGACCAUUGGACCAAGAAGGGAAAGUUUAAAGCUCAAUUGAGGUUGAGGCUAGAGCUUGUUUCCUGUGCUCGUUGAUCGAGUGAUUCCUUGGAGAGAAGACUUGAAAUGGACCGUGGUGGCAAGGUAACUAGGAGGAACCCUUUGGGCCGUGCACCCGAGGAGACUGGGCAAGGCAGUCGUAGGACCUCUAGGGCAUCUAGAGGAGCGGGCCGUGGAGGCCAAUCACGGACCGUGAGUGACGGUCAUGUGAGCACCGAAAGUGACAGCUACUGGUCCUAUGAGGACUCGACCUAUCGGCCGGAAACAGAGCCGGUUGAAACCCCUUAUGAAGGGGAUGAUGAUGAUGUAAGUGAUGAGGAGGACAACGGCUCCUUAGCGCGGAUUGAGGCACUACUCCAACAAUAUCACCGUGAGCGUGAAGAGAGGAGGGAACGCCGAAGGCGCCGGGCUGGGCAACCUUCGGGCAUGGCUUCACGAGGAGGAAGUCAUGGUGCAUCUAGAGUCCAUGUGGAACCACGUGGGGGCCAAAAUGAUGGAGGUCCAACCAUAAGGAUCUCCAAAUACAUCAAAGAAGCAAGAGAUUUGGGGUGCAAACCCUUUGAUGGAGCAGGGGACAUUUCAGUGGCAGCACAAUGGAUCAAGAGGCUAAAUGAAGCGGCCCUUGACAUGCAAAUCGCGCCGAAUCUCAAACUGAGAAUUGCGGUAAGAUUGCUCGAGGGGAUGGCAUCCAAGUGGUGGGAUGGAACCAAGAACAAGUACGGUGAGACCGUCGUUUGGGAGGACUUCCAACGGGAGUUCUUUGCCCAAUACUAUUCUGAUUUCGAGGUGAAUAAGAAGGUGAGGGAAUACACCCUCCUAACCCAAGGGGGUAACAUGUCAGUGAAGGAGCUUGAGUACAAGUUCCGGGAUCUCGCCGACUACAUACCGGAGUAUGCUUGUGACGAGAACCGCAUGGUGAACCACUUUUGGGACGCUCUUGACUUGGAGAUACGUGAUAGGGCAACGCAAUUGCCUAAUAUGACUUUCGCCCAAGUGGUUGAACAAGCAUUGAAAGGGGAGAAACAGUGGGAGGAACGGAAGAAGAGAGACGCCGAGGAGGCGAAAAAGAGAAAAUGGGAGAGUCAUGGCUCCCAAGGUUCCAACAAAAAGGGGAACCAUGGAGGAGGAUCUUUCCGGGCACCACCGCCACCGUCUAGGGGGAACCAAGGCCCGAGUGGGCAAGGCUCGAGGUCACAAACCUCGGUGGUAACUCGUUGCAACAAUUGCAAGAAGAACCACUCCGGUAAAUGUCGCGACCCCCCUAGAUGCUUUCAAUGUGGGGAUGCCGGGCAUUUGAAGGCACAUUGUCCACAACUGGGCGGGGCAAGGACAUCGGGACCAAGCAGUGGCCCGACGGGUACACGGAGUCAGACCGGGGCCUCUCAAGCAAGCAGAGGACAAGGGGGAGCAAGCGCGAGUAACGCGCCGUCCGUGAAUCAAGGAAGGACGCAAGCUAGAGUCUACGCAAUGACCGAGGCUGAUGCUCGGGCUAAUCCCGACUCCGUCGCAGGUAAUACACUUAUUCGGGUCAUUUCUAGGCUUAUUUUGAUCAUAUACGUCGUUGGGAUUGAGUACGGGCCACCCCGGGGUCAAACUGGGUGAGUUAGGCCGAAUCGGGCUGGAAACAGCCACUGCUGGCCAGGCACGCCCGAAGGCACGCCGUGCCUGGAAUCGUGCCUGGAAGGCAGUGGCACCCGAAGGAAAGAAAAAAAAAAAAAAAAAAAUUUUUUUUUGGGGCCAGGCACGGCCGCAGGCACGCCGUGCCUGGCGUCGUGCCUGGGAGGCAGUAGCGCCCAGGGCUUUUUCCCAAGCCAGGCACGACCGUGCCUACCCCAGGCACGCCGUGCCUGGCACCCAGAUUGCCGAAACCUGAUUUUUUUCGCACCGUUUUGCGACGUUAAGGCCUCUUCUUGAUCUCUAACGUGCGUGUGAACAUUGCAACCUUCUAUAAAUGAGUAGGGAGGAUAGGAAAGAUGUCUUACAUGGUUCAUGAAUGUAGGGACACUAAAGAUUAACGGGAAGGAUGCACGAAUCCUUAUCGAUACCGGAGCGCAACGUUCAUUCGUGAGUGAGGCGUUUGCCGAGAGCUUAGAGAUGCAAUCAAUACCAAUGACACAAACCUUAGUGGUAUCAACCCCACUAGGGGAAGACGUUGAAAGAAACAAUUACUAUCCAUCUUGUAUGGUGGAAAUCGGUGGCCAAACCUUGACGUGUGAUUUCGUACCGCUGAGUAUGAUGGAGUUCGAUGCAAUCCUAGGGAUGGAUUGGCUAGAAAAGCAUCAUGCUAGGGUAGAUUGCUACACAAAGGUGUUGGAACUCGAAGGCACACAUGGGGACACCCUACGCUUCGAGGGGGACCGCGGCAAAUCAAAUAGUUGUAUCAUAUCCGCCGUGAGAGCGAGAAAUAUGAUGAGGAAGGGAUGCCACGCAUAUCUAGCAUACGUGGUUGACAAAACCAAAGAGGGAACGAACAUCGAUGAUGUGAGGGUGGUUUGUAAGUAUCCGGAUGUCUUCCCUAAAGACCUACCGGGGCUUCCACCUGACAGGGAGAUUGAAUUUGUGAUCGAGGUCGAGCCUGGUACCAAACCAAUCUCCAUACCGCCAUACCGGAUGGCACCCGCUGAACUUAACGAGUUGAAAACCCAAUUGCAAGAGCUUUUGGAUAACGGUUUCAUUAGACCAAGCCACUCCCCGUGGGGAGCACCGGUUCUUUUUGUGAAAAAGAAAGAUGGGACACUUCGAAUGUGCAUUGACUAUCGUCAACUGAAC